AUGCCGAAAAGAGUGCGACACAAGAAAAUUAUAGAUACCGCUAGUGAAACAGGUACCACACAAGAACCAGAACUAUAUGAAUUAGAAAACGGCUGGAUAGUAGAAGCUGUUGCAGCAAGGAAAGAAGGGCGAGUCGGGAGUGCCGAUAGCGAGACAGACACCACGCAAGAACCAGAACCAUUUGAGCUGGAACAAAUGACCACACAGGAACCAGAACCAUUUGAGCUAGAGUUACUUAAAAGCUCUACCCCUUCGCUUACCGAAGAGCGGAUAACCCAGAUUUACCCAGAUGGAAAUCCGACGGUGCAAUCGGAGAACAAUCCUGAAGCUUACCGUACGAGCGUAGCUCCUACAAUGCACUCAACUGAGGUAUCUGAAUCAGAAAACAAAGCGUCAAAGAGGGGAUAUGACAAGGAAAAAACAAACGCAGCAUCAAAAUUCAGUUUAAUGGCAGAACAAGCUAUAACUGAGCAAGCCAUAUUUUACAACGUCCCUGAUAGAAGCAGUGCAGGUUACACAGAGUCGUCGCAAGUAAAAUCCUCAGAUUUUGAAAAGAUGCGGAAAACACUGAAGAUAAAAAGACUUAAGGAUCUCGCACAUCGUUAUAUUACACCAACAAAAGCAUUGAUCAAGAAAACAUGGGAGCUGGAGACUCAUACUACAAAAUCCAAAACUGUGCAAACCAAAAACGUUAAAGUAGCUCGCAUAACGACAACAGCUUCGACUAAAGAAUUCCUAUUAAAAACUAUGAGCUCAAAAGAAAGGCAAAGACGAAAGAAACAGACUAAAAUUUUCUUGCCCCAUUUCACCACACACUCAAAAGCGAGAACUAAAAAAGCGAACGAAACAAGGAUUCUAAUUUCUGCAUUGAUAAGCGGAAAAGCGAAACGGAGACCACUUUCUAGGACAAACAUUGCAAGGCAAAUAAGUGCAUUCCGAGUAACGGAUGACAAAAGUUUGCAAAGAAAGCAAGCGCGAAAGAAAGAAGAAAUUGGAGAAAGAGCCUUUUCAACUUCUAUAGAACCUGCAAAAAGCAUAGGGAGAGAGACGCCGGAGAUGGUUCUCUCAAGAAAAAUGAUAAUCUUGGCAAGUAACACAGAAGGACCGUUACAGAACUCCAUCUCUAGGUUAAUGCGCUCAAAAGAAGUCUUGAGCUCGAACGAAUCGCAAGGGAACAUAGCAUUUGUCAAUAUAUUCUUGUUGCCGAACCUGUUGGAGACCACCAACAUAAGCGAACCUGUCUCAGCUAAGCUAAAUACUGUUCUUCCUGCUGAACCCACUGCGGUGGUGACAACAGAAACCCUGCCUCAGGAAAUAGACGAAGAACGUGUAGCACCUACGGAUGAUGAUGAUGAUGUUGAUGAUGUUGAUGAUGAUGACGACGAUGAUGAUGAUGCUACACAGGAUUCAAAAGACACCGUGAAAGCAACAUUACAAUCCUUGCCUGAGAGAACAGAGGACGGCAGAGUUAGCCACAUGGACGCUGAGCGUAUGACUACCAUAGUGGUAACAGAAGAACCUUCUAAAGCAACAGAAAAGAGUGAUAUUGUUGCCUCGACAAAAGCAGAUGCACCAACAGGGAGUGUUCACAAAUCUCAUGGAUUCACUGAAGAUGUACUACGUUCAGUAGAGGAGGCGCUGAAAAUAGCAGACACCAUAGAAGCAACAGAGCAAUCUGAGCUUGUUGAAAGUUCCACGACUCUUGUAAUAACCACCACAGUCCACGAAGGUGCUGCCACCACAAUCGCAAAUGAAGAGAAAGUGAUUGGUCAUGGAUCUGGUACUUCUGAGCCCAUCGAUGUGGAAUCCUCAUCUUCUCUUGCAACAGAAGAAAUGCCUACGUUGAGCAGACAUAAAACUCUAUCUGAAGGUGAUGAAGCUGCACUAGCUGCUUCUACAGAAAAUAACAUUGAUUCACCAUCAACUACCAUAGCUAGUGGGAACACUGAAGAGACUGCAUUUACGGAACAAAACAUAUCAUUAUCAGAAGUUAUUGCAAACGAGAGCUCUCGAGUUUGGCCUUUUGAAACUGACUAUAUAGAGAGCAACAGCAGUGCGGAAGAAGCUCUUGCACCAGAAAAGCAGCAAAGAACAGAACCGCCUUCAACACUUAAUGUGCACUUGCAUCAUUAUAAUAAUGUUAUCAGCGUUGAACUAUUACUCGUGACAGCCCUGAUACUGGUGUGUGCCCUUUUCGCCCUUCUUUUUGUAGUAUUUUUGGCCAUUAGAAAUGAGAGAAAAUUCCAACGAAAAAAAGCUGGAUAUCUUAGUGAAGCAUUGCAUGAAGUUGAUCGAAACAGCAAUGUAAUCAAGACUACAACGAAUGAUUGUAAUGUGGAGGCCCCACUACCUGUAACAAAACCAUCAACGCUAUCGAAACCCCGCUCAAAGAAGAAAACAAAAUUACGGAUUCAAAGUGAGAAAACUUCAAACGAAACGCGGAGUACUCUUGGUGAACGCAGCUGUGAAUCAGAUGUAUACUUUGAGAUAGUACCUAAGCCACGUAACAAUUUUGGCAAGAAACGCAGAAGACCUUAA